UUUCAAAGUUUAAUAGUGAUUUAUAAUAUAAUAAAAGUUGGAAAGAUGGACGUUUUGGACAAGAACUUCUUAGUUCCUUAACGCUCGUGCAGAAUCUGCACUGCAGAUCUCUGCUGAUGUCCAUGGUACUGUUUACGACUGUUGAUGACCAUACGUGCAUCCAAAAUGAUAAAAAAGUAAGCUUCCGAUUUACAAGUUUCAUUUUACGAAUUGACUUUAAAAAUUGAAAAUGCCGAGUUGCAUGGUGGAAUUCUGCAAGAAUAGGACUUCUACUAAAAGUCGUAAACAGGAAGAUCUGGAAAAAACAGUGAAGAUCACUUUUCAUGUACUUCCAAAAAAUAACAUCAGACGUCAAUUGUGGCUAAAGAGUCUACAAUUGGAUGAGGCGUCUAUCUCUAAACGACCGGUAGUAUGUUCUCUUCAUUUUAAAAAUGAAGAUUUUGAAUGUUCUUCAUUCUCUAGGAGACUGCUACCACAUGCAAUACCUUACAUAAUAGUUCCAAACGAUAUAUGUGAAAGGAGCAUAGAUACGCACAUGGAAAUAGAAGACAAAGAAAAUUCAUCUCUUAAUCUCAAUUUGUCAUUGGACGACGGUACUACUUCGAAAAUGCAAAAAACAGACAAAUCAACUGAAAUGAACGUGUCGUAUGUAAAUAGAGGAACAUCUGUAUCGCCAGAGAGAAUAUUUAAUUGCCCAAAGAAAAUUUAUCAGUUAAGGAAACUUAUGCACAAAAUGAGAAGGAAGCAUGCACAAGAAGUACGCAUAUUGAAGCAAAGAUUACAAAGAAAAAGUACAAAAAUUGCAAGCCUGAAAGUAAUAAUAUGGAAAGUGAAAAAGAAAUUGUAAUUAUUAUAGUUAAAACGAAUUUCAAAGUAGCUAAUGGUUACUGGAAUAGUCCAAGGAACUGAGUGGCUAAACAAGAGUGUGUGAGUGAAUGUAAUAAGUGCAAUCGAUAACAAUUUUUACUAACGCUGCUGUGAUCAUAUAGAACAAGCAAGGUUGUAUGGAAAUCAACGUGAUAUGUAGUACGAUCUGGUCUAUAAUCAAUUUAUGUAAUGCAUAUUACGAAUCUUAGUCCCUACCGUUAGUCCUUAUUUUAUACAUAAAGCUUGUAACAUUGUAUGCCGAUGUCGGGACGACAGGGAUAUAUUUAGAUAUUUUCUUAUCUCAUCUAAUAGAAAUUGUGAAGCAUUCAUCGAUAAA